UUUUUUCUUCGUUUAGUUUGUUGGAGACUUGAAAUCAAGUGACUCAAAACUGCCAAUAUGCGAUACCACAAGGAUUUCGAUAGCUCAAACUUUGAACGCCAUGAGAUCAAAACCUAUCAACGCAAAGGUGACCAAGUCAGAAGUGAGUAUGAGCGACUUAACCCUGAUGGCACUGUCACCAAGACCGUAGCCUAUGGAGACUGUAAGGAGGGACUUAAGUACCGCACUUACCACAUGGGACUAGACGGCGUGGUACGGGAGAUCCCUCAAGAUGUGGUUCAACGAAUGAUGAACCUACAACAACAACCCCAGGUAGCUCCACCACCACCACCUCCAGCACCUCCUGCUCCGGAGAAACCAGCCAGGAAGGCAUUUGCUUUCAUGGUUGAACCAAAGGAAACUCAAGAUGGCCAAUCUAUCUGGAGAGUCAAACCUUUGCACAUCAAGACAAAGGAAUCCGCCCCAGCACCUCCUCCUUCUCCCCCAACACCACCACCUCCACCAGCUCAGGCGAAGGUAUUACCCUGGUGGUACGACACCCUCAAGGAAGCGAUCAACGAAAGCAUGAAGGAAGACAAGGCACGUAUCCCCAAGCCGGAACCCCCUCCAGUGCCUGAACCCAAGAAGGUUUCUUCCAAACGCAUCUUUGAUUGGCUGGACGAUGAUUUCUUCGCUCUCAAGCCAUUCAAGGCCGCCCCAAAGCCAAAGUUGUUCGACAACUUGUUGGGGGAUUUUGACAAGCCGCUGCUAGACGUGUUCAACACUCCUCUGCUAGAUGAUUUUUGAAAAAUAAAUUUUUGUGCAAUAAAUUUUCAAAGUGUGA